CGCCUGCACCAGUCCACAGCCGCGUGUCGCACAAUAGCAGACGCUCGGAGCGCGUGAGUGUGGAUGAGUGAGUGAGUGAGUGCGCGCGCGCGGGACCGGACCGUUACCGGACAGAGGACGCAUUUAAAGCAGAGGAGCUGCACUGAAUGUGGUGCGCGAGGAUAUGCGCGCUCUGGAUGUCGCGUGUGUGUAAGAGUGUGUGUGUGUGUGUGUGUAAGAGUGUGUGUGUGUAAGAGUGUGUGUAAGAGUGUAAGAGUGUGUGUAAGAGUGUGUGUGUGUAAGAGUGUGUGUGUGUGUAAGAGUGUGUGUAAGAGUGUGUGUGUGUAAGAGUGUGUGUAAGAGUGUGUGUAAGAGUGUGUGUGUGUAAGAGUGUGUGUGUGUGUAAGAGUGUGUGUAAGAGUGUGUGUAUGUGCAUGUAAGAGUGUGUGUGUGUGUGUGUGUGUGUGUGUGUGUGUGUGUGUGUUGAUCCGCGCGCGCUGCAUGGAUCUGGGUGAUGUGCGCGUGAGGAAAUGAGGCUGUGGGAGCGCAGGAGAGCGCGAGGCGCAGCGCAGCCCGGUUGGAGCGGCGCGCGCGCAGUUUAGAGCUUCGGGGAAACUGCAGCUGAGUGUUUUUUGUUUUUCUCUCCAGCUGUGAAUAAAAUCCUCCCAGCGAGCGGCUCUGAAUAACCCAACUCCCAGCGACCGGCUCUGAAUAACCCAACUCCCAGCGACCGGCUCUGAAUAACCCAACUCCCAGCGACCGGCUCUGAAUAACCCAACUCCCAGCGAGCGGCUCUGAAUAACCCAACUCCCAGCGAGCGGCUCUGAAUAACCCAACUCCCAGCGAGCGGCUCUGAAUAACCCAACUCCCAGCGACCGGCUCUGAAUAACCCAACUCCCAGUGAGCGGCUCUGAAUAACCCAACUCCCAGCGAGCGGCUCUGAAUAACCCAACUCCCAGCGAGCGGCUCUGAAUAACCCAACUCCCAGUGAGCCGGCGGUGCUGAGGGCUCGGACGGGUUCGGUGCCCUGGAACAUGUGUGGAAUAAAGCGGGUGUAACACCGCCUCCGGUACCGCGGCUCGGACCGGGACAGCAGUUUCUCUGCAGGAGUUCAGCAAGCGGGAUUUCAGGAAACUUUUCUUCUUCACUGACCGUGUGGUGCGCGCGGGACCGGAUGGUAUCAUCAUCAUCCUCUUCAUCAUCAGAUCGGGUUUAAGCUGUGUGAGAGAGAGACAGUGUGUGUGUGUGUGUGUGUGUGUGUGUGAGAGAGAGACAGUGUGUGUGUGUGUGUGUGUGUGUGUGUGUGUGAGAGACAGAGAGAGAAGAUGGACGGUGGUGUGUGCAGUGGGACAGUCCCGCUGUGGAUCCUCGCGGUGCUGCUGCGGGUCACCGCGCUGCAGGCCAAAGCGCUCGAGUCCGUCAUCUGGAGCUCAAACAACUCCAAGUUUGUCCCAGGUAAAGGCCUGGUGCUGUACCCUGAGAUCGGGGACAGGCUGGACAUUGUAUGCCCACGAGCGUCCCCCGGUGGUAUGUAUGAGUACUACAGGCUGUACCUGGUGAGCGGAGAGCAGGCAGAGUCAUGCAGCACCGUACUGAACCCCAACAUCCUCGUCACCUGCAACAAACCCGACAAGGACAUCAAGUUCACCAUCAAGUUCCAGGAGUUCAGUCCAAACUACAUGGGGCUGGAGUUCAGACGACACCAGGACUACUACAUCAUCACCACCUCUGAUGGGACUCUGGAGGGUUUGGAGAUGAGAGAGGGAGGAGCUUGCAGGACCAGAGAUAUGAAGAUCAUUAUGAAAGUGGGGCAAGAUCCGAGCGCUCCUGAUCCAGUCCACACGGAUCCUCCUGAUCGAAACACGGACAACAAGAUCAAACCUUCAACAAACAAACCUGACAAGAAGGAAGAGAGAGACAGAGGGCAAGGCGGCGGAGCGACAGACAACUCAGUGCCUGAAAACACAGACUCGGGGAACUCGGACUCGUUGGAGGGGAUCUUUGGUUCUAAGCCGGCUCUCUUCGCCUCCAUCGCUGCUGGCUGUUUGCUCUUCCUCCUCAUCAUCAUCAUCCUCAUCGUGCUGCUGCUCAAACUGCGUAAGAGAACGCGCAAGCCGAGGGGCGGAGCCUCACUGUCACUCAGCACACUGGCUGCCCCCAAAUGCUCCGCCCAGUCCGGUUCAGAGCCCAGUGACAUCAUCAUCCCGCUGCGACCCACUGAGGGCGGCUUCUGCUCGCACUACGAGAAAGUGAGUGGCGACUACGGCCACCCCGUCUACAUCGUACAGGAAAUGGGUCCUCAGAGUCCCGCCAACAUCUACUACAAAGUCUGAGAGACAGACAGGUGAAAAGACAGACAGACAGACAGACAGAGAGACAGAGAGAGACAGAGGUGGAGUGAUGGACCUCAGUAAUAAAGUUUGCUCUCUCUCAUCCUGCUUCCCAAAUUGUGUGUCUCUGUCUAUCAGCUGAACUAAAACAGGAAGCAGGAAAUGCAGAAAAAGGAAGUAGAGCCUGAGGCAUGGACUUCAUUAAAGAAGGGUCUCUAGCCAAUCACGGAGAGAUGUGAUGUGAUGAUGUCACAAAGCAGAAUGCGAUUUUGCGAAUCAGGAAAUACUCGGUACUCCAGACUCAGGCAUGAGCUUACAGCCAAUCACGGACAAGCUGAGUGAUGACAUCACAAAGCAGGAAAUUAUUUCCUUUUUUUUUUGCUUUUAGUUUUUUAUUUUAAUCACCACUAUUCACUCGUUUACUGAACUGCUGAACCACACACACACACACACACACACACACACACACACACACACACACACACACACAGAGUGCUGAAGGAUGGCGUUGAUUGAACUAGACCGAAAAUAAACACACACUUUGCUCACGUUACUGUGUGUGUGUGUGUGUGUGUGUGUGUGUGUGUGUGUGUUACUGCCCUUUUACCAUCUUAUCCUCAGUAUUUCCCCGUGUGUGAAGGAAUAAUAAACACUUUACAGCACAUUUACUACCAGUUUAGAUCAACACCAGAGAGAGAGAGAGAGAGAGAGACUCUCUUCUUGACUAACAGGGGAGAAAUGAAUGAAUGAAUGAAGAGAUGCAUCUCUCUCUCUCUCUCUCUCUCUGUCACACACACACCCCUGUAUCUGUGACUGUGUUUCUGUUCAUUUUUUCCUCACACACUUUCAUGUGCAGUAUUUAAAUAUGUUGUGAAAUGUUUUAUUUUGUCUGCAGGAUUGUUACUGCAUUACGUUACAGCGUUAAACCCCACAGGAACCUUUUACUGUUUACACUAACGCACUUCUCUCUCUCUCUCUCUCUCUCUCACACACACACACACACACACACACUAACAGACACGUGCAAUAAACACUAAACUCAGUGUUUACUCAACUGCUUAUAUUUUACACUCAUGCUAACAUGCUAAUACUAACAUGCUAACAUCAGUUACAUCCAUGGACCACCGUUUUAGAGCUCUGGACGUGCUUUAAAGGGUGUAAGUAAAUCCUGACUUAGUUCCCACACCCUGCCACACGCCGCAACACACUGCCACACCCCACCACACCCCGCCACACCCCGCAACACGCUGCCACACCCCGCAACACCCCACAACACACUGCCACACCCCACCACACCCCACAACAUGCUGCGACACCCGCAACACUGCCACGCCCCGCCACACCCCACCACACCCCGCAACACACUGCCACACCCCACCACAUUAUCAAAGGAAAAGAAGUUAUGUCUGAUCUAAUCAAGCUAGAAGAUCCAAGAUAUCAUAGAUCAAAUAUAAGAUAAAAUUACAGAUAAAAGACAUCAAAAAUAUAAAAUAGAUCAAACUUUAUAUAAAUGAUCAAAUCAAAGAGAUCAAUUAGUAGAUCAAAGGCAUCACAUAUCAUAUCAAAAACCAGAUCAAACACCUCACAGAGAAGAGAACAAACAGAACAAAAUAAAAGUCAAAUAAGAGCAUAAAGAGAUAAAAAACGAUCAACCAGAUUAAAUCACAGCUCAUUAGCAUGCUAACUUCAUUAGCCGUACGUGUGUCUCUGCAGCCAUCAGCGAGUUAAAACCCAGCAAUCGAAUGAAAUGGUUUUCUUUAUUGUCUACAAAAGCUCUGUGUGUGAGUUUAUUAUCCGUUCUUCAUGUCCCUCAGCCACAGCGUUACAUCAGCGGUGUUUAUCAACAUGUUUACGUAAACACAGUGAUGUCAUCAGAGCUCUAAUACGGAGGUCUGAGGACCAGAAAAAGUCUCUGUCUGUCCUCAGUGACCUUCAGAUCUUUCCUUCUUAUUCAAGUUUAUUUGCGCAAAACAUUAUUCUGUAAAUAAACUUUCUGAAAAUAAAAACAGUCAGUUGAUCAGAGCACCGAGUCUGAGAACACACACACACACACACACACUACCUGCAGCGCUGAAACAGAAACGUUUGUAUAUAGAGGAGCUUUAGAAAACGUUUUGUACUGUACAACUUGAAUUUGAAAUGGAGCUGAGAAUCUCUCUCUCUCUCUCUCUCUCACACACACACACACACACACACACACACACACGUUGGUCCAUUGGCUCACAUUAUCUUGCAUUUAUAUCUAUUUUUAAGAGUGUUUGAUUUGGAAAGAACACACACACACAUCAGAUCAAAAUCCAGAAAACCUGCCGAAACUAAUGAGCUUAACGAGCUACCGGAAUAAAGUGAAUACAGGUUUGCUAAGACAGUGUAUUACUUACACACACACACACACACACACACACACACACACACACACACCCCUGGUUGUUUUACAUGUUUAGUAUUGUUAUUAUUCUGUUAGAUUUUCAGUGUUUUAUGAUUUAUGAUGUUGAUGGUUCACAAUGAUGAUGAUGAUGGACAGAUUUUGUUCCACACUCCUCUUUUCCUCACUCUGUCAUGUUCCCAUUGACUCCGCCCCUUUUAUGGAAACCCCACCCCCUCUUAAAGCAUACUGACCAAUAAAGUUUUUCCUAUGGA